CAACUUCACUUCAUGUGAUAGUACCUGCUUAAGCUUAAACGCUUCAGAGUUCAGACAGACACCGAAUUCACACGCGAGCCCUGAGCCAGUCAAACAGAUGCGUUAGACAAAAUGUCUAUUCCGGGUUUAGGCGAGAUUGCGCCUCAGCCCAGCCCUUCGACGACUCGCACAAUCACCCUCCGCCCAUUCUGGGAGUGGCGUUUCCAGGUCCCGCGCAGUUCAUCUGGUCCCGGCGUGUCGGUGCGCCUCCUGAGCGGGACUGCCGAGCGAGACGGCACUGAGCUAGCCCUCAACCACAACUACACCUUUGCCCGCACCAAGUCCAAAAUUCUCACCUACACAGGCUGCUCACUCGAAGUGAGCGGCGAAGUCGAAGACUAUGUCGCACAGUGCGCUGCGCCCGAGGACACGCCGAUGCUGAGCUACCUCAACCUCCAUUUUACCCUGCAGACUCAACGGAGGAGCAGCAGUGGCGGGCGGGGACGAGGACCGAGGGUCAUGAUUUGCGGUCCGCACAAUACGGGGAAAACCACGCUUGCCAGGACGCUCGCGGCACUUGCCACGCGCAUGGGUGAGCAGCCGCUCGUGGCCAACGUCGAUCCGAGAGAAGGGCUGUUGUCGCUGCCGGGGACGGUCAGCGCGGCCGUCUUCGGGACCAUAAUGGAUGUGGAGGAGCCGACGGGCGGGUUUGGGGUCAGCAGCACGCCCUGCAGUGGGCCUAGUCUCGUGCCCGUCAAGCUUCCCAUGGUGUAUUACUAUGGGAGGGAGAAGGUCGAGGAGGAUAUGCCGUUGUGGAAAGAUCUUGUUACGAAGCUGGCUAGCUCGGUACGCGCCAAGCUAUCGUCGGAUGAUGCAGUGCGGUCUGGUGGGCUGGUGCUGGACACACCCGCUGUAACCGCGGUGAAAGGGGAGGUUGAGAUCCUGCUGCAUGCUGUGCGGGAGUUUGCGGUGAACAUUGUUGUCGUCCUUGGCUCGGCUGGGCUGAAUGCUUCGCUACAAACUAUUCUGGAGAACGAGAAGACGACCUACGGGGAACCAAUCACGGUUGUCCUCUUGGACAAAUCUGACGGGGUUGCGGAGCGAGACAGAGAUUUCAUGAAGUUCCUCCGAGAAGCUGCUAUCAAAGAGUACUUCUUCGGCGACUCGAAGAGAACGCUGAGCCCGUUUACACAAUCCGUGGGUUUCGAUGAUGUGGUUAUUUUCAAGGCACCCGAUGAACCCGAUCUCUACAAUUCUCACCAAACCCUCGAAUCUGCGGAGAUAACAGCCGAGAUGUCUCACUGGACAUUGGCAGUCAUGAAUGCCUCCGUGAAUGACCCACCGGAGACAAUACAACAAGCACCGGUGUUGGGAUUUGUGGCAGUUGCGGAUGUUGACGAAGAUAGAAGGCGGCUCAAGAUCCUUUCUCCGGUCAGCGGCAGAUUAGGGAAUCGGCCCCUGGUAUGGGGCCGCUGGCCCGAACCAUACAUCAACCUGCUCGGUUAGAAGGUCUUGGUUGCUUCGGGCGUCAUGGGUUGUUGCUGCAUUUUCCAAUGCACAUUUGCGUUUUACACUUCGGCGUCGAGGCGUUAGUUGAAGGCGGGACAGGAUACCAAAAACAAGAGCCGGUCUACGGAUAGACAGGCUCGGCAUUGCCGAAGCAAGGAGGCCUAUCAUGGCAAGUAGAAAAUGUUUGAGGAAAAAGGAAGAC